ACAAAGCCGGAAGUUCUGCUGUUUCAGAGCAGUUGAGGAUGAAAAAUCUGAGUUGAUAUGGAGCCUGUCUUUUCGCGGUUUGACUCUUAUAACUUCGAGGCUGAUCAGCGGUUUGUGGACGGUCUGAAAUCUUUAAACAAGUCCGAAGAAACCGACCUGCAGGACCUCAAACUGUUCUUCUACAACAGGUUCAUUGAGCCCAUAGACCGAACCAGCUACAAACAGUGGAGCUCUUCAUCUCCUCGUGUCUCCUCAUCCUCAGGCUUCGCUGUUGAUCAGCUGGACCAGAAGACGCCUCCACAUUCAGACUUUGAUGUCAGUAAAAACCAAACAGAAGCAUCUGCGCAUGCAGAGACACAGCAGCUUUCCUUUGCGGAGGUGAUGCGACUCAUUCAGGAGGGAAAGGAAGUGCCUGGAGUGAAAAAACUGGACAUACAGCCAAGCAACCAGAGUCCUACACCUUCUCAGAUGGUGCGGAUACUGAAACCUUGGGAAACAGCAUCGUCUUCCAAGUGACUUUUCACUCUUUACAGCACCGUGCAGAUAAAAGAGAAUAUGUGUCAGCUGGACAGAAGAAUCAAACUCAAGCAACAAGCUGUGUUUUGCUGUGACAUACAGUAUACAACAGAGGUGAGUACACACCCUGCAAUAUCACCUUACUGUAACUGCAUUACUUCUAAGAUUACCAGUCGGGUAUUUGUCCCUUUUCAAAAGUAAAAACUAAAAGUUCAAAUUUACUAUAUUAAAAAUACAGGUCCCACAUUAGAAAUUCAAUGCAACAAAAGUCAGUACAUCUGUCAUUGCUAAGAUUCAUCCAUCCAUCCAUUAUCUAUACACCGCUUAAUCCUCACUAGGGUCGCGGGGGGGGCUGGAGUCUAUCCCAGCUGACUCGGGCGAAGGCAGGGGACACCCUAGACAGGUCGCCAGUCUGUCGCAGGGCUACAUAUAUAGACAAACAAUCACUCUCACAUUCACACCUACGGGCAAUUUAGAAUAAUCAAUUAACCUCAGCAUAUUUUUGGACUGUGGGAGGAAGCCGGAGUACCCGGAGAAAACCCACGCAUGCACAGGGAGAACAUGCAAACUCCAUGCAGAAAGAUCCCGGGAAAGCCGGGACGCGAACCAGGGAUCUUCUUGCUGCAAGGCGAAAGUGCUAACCACUACGCCACUGUGCAGCCCUGCUAAGAUUCAAAUCUUUAUUUUUUUUUUUUUUUAUGAUGGACUCAGCCAUCCUCAGCAUGGAGGUUAUCAGAGUUGCAAAAAUUUCUGGAGAGAUUAAUUUGUUCUAAUCUGAAAGGGCUGUGCUGCUCUAAUGUUUUCUCUAAAAUACUCCAAGGUGGUCACCCAACGGGUUAAGUGGGUGACCCAUGUACAGGGGCUGGUCCCCGACGCAGCGGCCUGGGUUUGAUUCCCGCUCAUGGCCCUUUACUGCAUGUCUUCCCCCCACUCUUCUCCCUCCUUUCCUGUCUGUCUAUACUGUACCUAUCCAAUAAAGGCAAAAAAGGCCAAAAAAAUAAAAUAUAAAAUACUCAA